UCCCCACGUCCAAAUAAUAAUCUCAUUCGAAGAAUGGUACACUUUCUUCAAUUCACCUCGCUUUCCACGGGCUCUGGACCUCACACUGACAGCAUCGCUCGAUGGAUAAUGAUGGUGAUGAUAGUGAUGAUGAUGAUGAUGAUGAUAUGAGGAGACAGCACUCAUUCAGCCAUGUAUAUGCAUGCACUGUGUAUGAAUGCAUCUAUGUACGUACGCACAGACAGCUCGGAACUGCUGGCAUCUAGAGCUUUAUUGAUGACUGCAAACAAUAAUGCACGCGUACAUCAACUGCUAUCUACAUGGGCGUGUCCCUAUGGAUACAUGUAUACGUAAAUCCAUCUGUAUGCAUGUACUGAUGAUGAGAAUGAUGAUGAAUGGCGCCAUGUCUUCGGCUCUCGUCGCCCGUCUCCAUAAUGGUGCAUGAGCAAGUGACUACGUAUACAUAAAAAGUAAACAAAGCAAAAGCACUCUGCAUGCACUCAGAUAGCUACCUACCUAGUUACGGCAUGUCUGUCUAUCACCGUGUACAUGGACCACCACCGAUGUCUUCUUCUCCUUCUCCUUCUCCUUCUUCUUCGUCUUCUGCCGCUUCUGCUGCUAUCGCCCGCCCACUUGAAAUCCAAAGGAGACAAAGUAGUUCAAACGUGUCAUGGCGACGAACCGCUGAUCGGUGAUCGCAAUCCCCCCAAACUGUUGCAACCCUAUCGUCGACAUCCUUAUGGCUGGCUGCUAUCACGCACCUGGCCGUGGCGUUCGAACGUCGGACGUGCUCGAAGCGCUUCUGCCCAUGAUCCCUGCCGCCAUUGUCCCAAUCCAUGCCGCCUUAUCAGGGGCCUCUCUCUCUCUCUCUCUCUCUCUCUCUCAACCGCUGCAUCCAUCAUCCAUCAAACAAUUGUCCGCCGCCGCCGCCGCCGCCGUCGUUGCUCCCCAUAUGCUAGACUAUUCUAUGCCUACCACCGCCGAUGGUGUGCAGCAAUAUAAAUAGAUGGUGUCUCGGGAAAUUGCCGCUGCUGCACCAACCUAUCCAUCCAUCCAUGCCUGCAUGCAUGCAUGCCAUUAUUUCUCCAUUGUUUCUUCCAAUAAAGACCUUGGUCGGAAUAGGGGCACACGACUCCAGAGCAUAUGCCUAUGUAGUACCUAGGUAUGGAUGUGUUGUACUCACUCAGGCCCAUCUCCUUCGACGAGAAAUGGUCAAUUCAUCGCUGCGCGCCUCAAGGCCCCUUGGUAUCGCCACUAUCGCGCAGAUCCACUCCCCAUCCACCUUAGCAGACGUUCAAAGCAGAGGCACUCCGAGAGAAUAAUCUCCCUGAAAUGCAAAGCAGCGACGCGCAAUCAAACGGGCAAUCGCAUAACCAACACAAUAUUCAGGCCAGACAAAACCAAGCCAACUGUGAAGAUCAAACCCACCCCAACUGCAAACUUUUUUCCCUGUUGCCUCUUCCGUCUCCAACAGCGCACGCCACAUUGCUCCAUCGCGCACGUUUAUGCACAACACGCAAUGGAACAAGAAAGCAACAGAAGGAUUAUCAUGCAAAUCCCUUCUGUCCCUCUCAAUCUGCAACCGCAAUCCUCGUAUUCUUCCACCUCAAACUAGCGUUUCAUAUUUUCCCUUGUGCCCUCGAAUUGGAAUAUUCCCUCCCAGAAUGAACCGAACAAAAGAAAAUAAGGGAUCUUCCCCCUUCCCUUCCCUGAAAUCGAACAAGACCCUCGACCCGUUCUCUUGCUUGCAAUCCUUCAAUCUUUGUUCCCCCGAGAUCCCAAAACCCCAAUCGCCUAUCCCCAACGAUUCCAAUUUCCCCUUUUCCCUUUUCAUUUCUUGGUCCACUACCCUCUUAGUAAGGAGUGGCUGUACC